AUGCUCGUGCGUUUCGCUGUUGCUAUUCAGGCGAGACUAAAUUUUUAUUUAGCGAUAUUCCUGUUUGGAGUUGAGUUGAGUUCCAAUGGUUUAGCCCAAGGUUAUGGCAAUUGUGGCUAUGGUGAUGAAGGCUUUUCUGACCGAGGAUAUGACAAGGGAGGCUUGGAUAAUGAACGUUUCAUUAAUGUUGGAUAUAACAACAACUGA